AUGUCGGGCUCAAGUGGUUCUGGCGCGAGUGGCAUAGUUCAGAACAGUGCGUUAGCUUUCGUUGCGUCUGCGCAGGUUGUUAAUCCUGAUCUACCAACAAAUCCUGCCACAUUGCCUGGACCUACUUCUGAUCAAGUCAAUCAAACGGGACCCUUCAUGCCUCCUGGACUAAAAGCACUUUAUGAAGCUUGUACUAAGGUGUACCCAGAUCAACCUAACCCCUUGCAAGUCACAACUAGACUUAAAUAUUGGUUAGGCGGUCAAGAUCCUCUGGACUAUAUCAGCAUGUACUGGAACCCGGGCCGGCCUGAUGAGAAUAUACCUCCGCAUUGGCAUUACGUUAGCUUCGGACUCUCAGAUCUGCACGGCGAUGGUCGCGUGCAUCCAGAUCCCGACCCUGCGGAAGGGUGCUCCGGCUACGGCCUGGAGCUGACCUUCCGGCUAGAGAGUGAGGAGAGGGAGCCCCCGCUGUGGCCGGCUGCGUUGUUGCAGGCGCUGGCCAGAUAUAUAUUUAUUACUGGCAACAAGUUCCUGCCGGGCGACCACGUGUCGUGGCACGCGCCGCUGGACGGCGGCAGCUCGCGGCUGCGGCACCUGCUGGUGGCGCAGGACCCGCAGCUGGGCGCCGCCGCCACCCCGCACGGCGCCGUCGCCUUCCUGCAGCUGGUGGGGUGUACGAGCAGAGAGCUGCGCGCGGCGCAGCGCGGGUCCGGCUUCGAGGUUAUCAAAACUAUCAGUGAAGACCCUAGGUGCGGCGGCGCGUGGCUGGUGUCCCGCCCCGCGCGCGGCGCCGCGCGCCUGCCCCCCGCCCCCGCGCGCCGCGCCGCGCACCUCGCCGGCGUGUCCGCGCGCGUGCGCUGGCUGCCGUACACCUGCAGUGUGGAGGAACCGUCAGGUCCUCUGUCUCCGAGCGUGGAGCAGCAGAUCAAGGAGACGCUGCAGAGGGGCCUCAGCAGCAUGAGUGACAGGACUGAGGGACACAAGAUGUCAACGGACAGCUUUGAGAUGUCAAGUAUGGAGCGCGCGUUGCCUCGUCUGCCGGACAGUAUGCAGGGUUCGUGGAGAGGAGACGAUGAGGUGGAGUACCUGGACGGAGUGCAUGUGAUGCUCAACGCUGAAGGCGCCAGCUUGCUGCCCUUAGCUAUUGAAGGGCGCGUGCUGCAGGCGCGGCACUUCACGUGGCGGCACGCGGCGGGCGCGCGCGCGCUCACCGUGCUGCCGCCCGGCGUGGCCGGCGCGCUGGCCGCGCCCGCCGCGCCCUACGCGCUGCGCGGCGACUGGCUGCAGAUCCUCAUCCCACUGGAGCUGGCACACCUCAUGUCACAACAAGUCUCCGCACUCUCCAGGUUAGCGGACAGCGACUCGGAGGAUGACGGAGAGAGUGCACCCACUCUCCCUUUAACAUUCUCCUGGCCAAAAUACAGACUGAGUCUGUCCGUGCUGCAUGAUAUGGACAUUUUG